UCUUCUUUUUCUUAAACUCUUAUUUUCUGGAAUUUCAACACCAAAAAGGAAAAACUCUAAUUCCUAAAUUCAUAAAGACCACUCAAAACGGAUCAAAUCGUCAUAUUCAAAUCCAGGAAGCAAAGCAGCAAGUUCAGUGCCCAAUACAUCCAAACGUCUGUAAAGCCCAACGCCACCGCCUCCGCGUUCACUCUCUCGAGGUGCUUAGUGGUUUCCAGCUUGCGUACAUGGAGGGGGGUGAUUAUAAAUCUCUGCUUGUAUUGGUGACAUCUUAUUCAAGUCGAUAUCAUGGUGAGAUAUAUGAAGUUAAAAUCCAAAAAGGAUCUGGACAAAUUAUGGGGGGAGUACGAGGAGCAAUUGGAGAUGAAUAUGGCAAAGAUCAAGCCCCACUGCGUCCUGUAACUACCUUCUUCAACAAGAAUACUUACUCCAUCCCGGACAGUUGUCUCUGUGAUGCUACAGACUUAUUUGGUGGCUCCAAGUUGUAUUUGUUGUUCAGAGAGGGCAUGCAAGCUAAUCCUCCCCACUCUGUCAUGACACCGGACUCCUUGAAGGGAUAUGUAUUCGACAUACAGAACAAGUCAUUCUCUACCUUCCAGGGCCCCAGAGUACCCAAGCCACUUGGAAAUGUGAUUUCUGCAUAUGAAAAGUUAUAUCAUCUUGCAAUCCCUGUAACCUCUCCGCAUGAGCCAAAUGACCCAGAAUCAGUGUUUGAGCGGUACGAUCCUCUGAAUGACAGUUGGGAGUUUCUUCCACCUGUUCCCUCUGUUAUUGCUGAUAAACGAGUGGAGAUAGUCGGUUAUGCUGUUUACAACCACCAUAUUUUGCUCUCGUUGACAUGCGGCCCAGGAUAUGAAUUCCUUGCCUUUCAUGUAAGAACUCAGAAAUGGGUUCAUGUCAAAGUCGAGAAAUCUCAUCGCAUGGCCUGUUCGCAUUUUCCUUUCCGAGGGAGGGCGGUGGUUUUGGGCGAUCGGAUGUAUGCUUCAUCAUAUUCAUUUGGAGUGGUUCUUGAAUUUUCCUUUGAUUGUGAAGCCUAUUCUUUAACCCCAAAGUUGGUGUUUCCGAGGUUUAAAAGAAUGCAUCUUGCGAACAUGGAUAUUGGUGUUCAGACAGAGUAUUUGGUUCAUUUGGGUGGCUGGGAUUUUUGUUUUGUCCAGACUGCCUACGACUACAAGAGGAUUGAUCGUCAGCCUUUGUGGAUCACCACGUUCCGAAUCAUUGUUGGAAGUGGAGGAAGUAGCAACAUUGAGAUCUUGCAUUCAACUAUUCGUGAUGUGUACAUCCAUGGUGGUUGGCAUGUUCAUGUCAAUUUCAGCUUCACGCCAUUGCUGGAAUAGUGAACACCAAAGAGAAGAAGAAGAAACAAGGCGCCAGGGAAAGGACGCAAAGGGACUCGAAGGGAAAGUGUGGCGGAUCACUUCUUCCUCCCAGAAAAAAAAAUCAAAUGAACCCACAGAUUCUCAGUUCAAUGCGGUUCAGUUGUGUAUUUAUGUGUUUCCAAUUGUGAGAGUUUUCUUUUUGAGCUAUGAA